AUGGUGACCACUCGCUCGAAAUCCAAAGGCGAAUCGCACGAGGACAUUGUUGCCGACGCCCCAUCUCAGCUACAGCAAAAGCCCAAGAAAGCCAACACUUCACGCAAGCGCAAGUCCGUCCCAACCAAAGAAACCAGCACAACAACUCCAGCCGCAGACCGAGCCAAAAAGCGCAAAGACUCCGCCGCAUCCGACACGCACCAACAACACAGCACCUCCACCACUACCACUACCACCAAAGAAACCCACCACCCACCAACAUCAUCACUCUCUGAAAAAGUCAACAACCUUAUCGACACCUACGGCGCCGGCUCCCUCCCUCUCCACGACGCCGGCCUCCUCCCCGCGCCCACGGAGCCGUCGUCCGCAACCGUCCUGGCGCAUGUCUUCAACGCGCUGCUCUCCUCCUCGCGCAUCUCGCACGACAUCGCCGCCCGCUCCGUCCGGCUGCUCGUCCAGGCCGGCUACCACGACCUGCCGACGCUCAGUGCCUCGACGUGGCAGCAGCGCGCCGACGUCCUGACCAAGGGCGGCUACGCGCACUACCGCGAGAAGACGGCGACGGAGCUGGGCGAGCUGGCCGCGCUGAUCGAGGACAAGUACAAAGGCGACGCGAGCGGGCUGCUGCCGGGUGACGAUGUCUCGGCCGGUCGUGCGGGGAAGGUGGCGGUGCUGAAGAGGCGGUUGAAGGAGAUUAAGGGCUUGGGGGAUGUCGGGGCGGAUAUCUUUGUCGCGGAGAUACAGGAGGUGUGGCCCGGGCUGGCGCCGGUUUUGGACCGCCGUAGUUUGAAGACGGCGGAGGAGGUGGGGCUGGGGAAGGAUGUGGAGGGGUUGUUUGAGUGUGUUGGGAGAGAUGCGACGAGGAUGGCGAGGCUGAAUAAGGCGUUGACGACAAUAAGGUUGGAGAAGCGAGUAGGGGAGUUCAAGGAGUAG